AGAUACGAGGGGUAGAAGUGGGCAUAGUCGUCCUUGUCUUAAUCGUAUGGGUGGGAGCGAUAGCAUUAUUUUUUAAUCGGUGGGGCAAAAUCCGCAUGCUUUUGCCAUAUCAACCGGACUACAAGGAACAGCUUAAAGUUCCUGGUACUGGGGUCUGCAAUUCAACUAAUGCUGCCUAUACUCACAACUCCUCGCAACAUGCUUGCUCUCAGCAACUGCACUGGUCGAACUAUCAUAUGGGCUCUAUCGAUAGUUGCGGAGGUGGUGUUAACUGGCCCAAAACUAACAGGCCACGUGUUAAUAGUGCCAUCGAUGUAGCCAGUUUCUUAUCUCAGGAAUUUUUACGGAGACACGGUUCCACAUCACGACUCUGCCGAAAAGUUCGCAGUGCAGAUAACUUACCACUGGUCUUGAGCAACCAGCAGAACUCCGAUGUAUCAGAUUGCAUUAGUACCAACGGCGAUCGCGAAAUUUUCCUUAAAUCUAAUCAAGAUGACAAUGAAAAAAGUGAUGACACCGAGACACAACAGAACGCCCAAGACAAAACAAAGAAUGACUCUUCAUUAUAUGAGUUUAGUUCGACUGAGCAUCAAUCCUCCAGCGAUGAUUUGAAAAUUAAUAUUUAA